CCCUCCCUGGUGGUGGCCGCGGCCCGACCCUCUGCAAGGCGAUGGCUCGGGCCCCGAGUGCGGGCUAACGUGCCUGUGUGCCCGGCCAUGGGCUGUAUCGGCUCUCGGAGCCCAGCGGGUCAGGCAUUUCUGGGGACCGCCAGCUGGCUGAGGCUCAGGGACAGAGACUGCUGCUCCAGCUAAAGUGUCCUCGGACCCAGCCUGGGCUGUGGAGUGGAUCGAACUUCCUCGGGGUCUCUCUCUAUCCUCCUUGGGAUCUGUCCGGACUCUCCGAGGCUGGAGCCGGUCCCCCCGCCCUUCCUCCGUGGACAGCCAGGACUUGCCAGAGGUGAAUGUUGGAGACACAGUCGCGAUGCUGCCCAAGUCCCGGAGAGCCCUAACUAUCCAGGAGAUCGCUGCGCUGGCCAGAUCCUCCCUGCAUGGUAUUUCUCAGGUGGUGAAGGACCACGUGACCAAGCCUACUGCCAUGGCCCAGGGCCGAGUGGCUCACCUCAUUGAGUGGAAGGGCUGGAGCAAGCCAAAUGACUCACCUGCUGCCCUGGAAUCAGCUUUUUCCUCCUAUUCAGACCUCAGUGAGGGUGAACAAGAGGCUCGCUUUGCAGCAGGAGUGGCUGAGCAGUUUGCCAUUGCAGAAGCCAAGCUCCGGGCAUGGUCUUCAGUCGAUGGUGAGGAUUCCACCGACGAUUCCUAUGACGAGGACUUUGCUGGGGGAGCUGACACAGACAUGGCUGGGCAGUUGCCCGUGGGACCUCACCUCCAGGACCUCUUCACUGGCCGCAGAUUCUCCAGGCCUAUGCGCCAGGGCUCUGUGGAGCCUGAGAGCGACUGCUCGCAGACCGUGUCCCCAGACACCCUGUGCUCUAGUCUGUGCAGCCUGGAGGAUGGGUUGUUGGGCUCCCCAGCCCGGCUGGCCUCCCAGCUGCUGGGCGAUGAGCUGCUCCUUGCCAAACUGCCCCCCAGCCGGGAAAGUGCCUUCCGCAGCCUGGGCCCCUUGGAAGCCCAGGACUCACUCUACAAUUCGACCCUCACGGAGUCCUGCCUUUCCCCUGCUGAGGAGGAGCCAGCCCCCUGCAAGAACUGCCAGCUGCUCUGCCCACCACCAAUGGGCAGCUGGGAACGGCAGCGGCAAGCCUCUGAUGUGGCUUCUUCUGGGGUGGUGUCCUUAGACGAGGAUGAGGUGGAGCCAGAGGAACAGUGACCCAAAUCAUGCCUGGUGGUGGCAUGUGUCCCCUGGCUGCUGCUAGGGGCAGAGCCUCUGUGCCCAACUGCAGCCUAGAGGGCUCCUGGGAGCACUCAAUUCUCCGUUGUGUGUUUUGCAUGAAAGUGUUUGGAGAAGAGGCAGGGGCUGGGCUGGGGGCGCAUGUCCUGCCCCCACCUUGGGGUUUGCCGGGGGUUGCCCGGGGCCCCUGGGGCAUGGCUACAGCUGUGGCAGACAGUGAUGUUCAUGUUCUUAAAUCAAAAACACCACACACAUUUUCUCCUCAGAUGAUGUGAACCCCUAAGGGGGUUGUUGUGACUGGGCUGUGUGGAGGUGGAGUGGGAGGGAGCCCGGCCACUCCCUCUGGCCUCCCCAUGCCUCGCUCUUCUGUUUCUCUCCUCACCUCUUGAGUCUAUGUGCAGUGCUUGAUACAAUCACCCUUGCCUGGGUGGCCUGGCUCCUGCCCUCCUAGAGCCUAUGGAUUGAGCCGUCCCCCAAGGGCCCCUUGCCCAGCUGGGCACGUGCUGUGCUUCACUUCUCCAUCGUCUCUAAAUCUUUUUCUUUUUUUCCUAAAGACA